GUCAACUUCAUCUCCUGCAAUAUCAUGUCUCGUUUGCGCCAGUCUAUUCAGCGUCUCUUGGGCAGGACUCCAUCACCCGGGGCAUUGCGCGCUCGGACAAUUGACACGAAUUUCUCCAUUAUCAAAGAGGGAGAUCGAGUCAUUUUACAUGGCAAACAGCCCGCAUUAUCGAAAGCAUUGAAGAAGGGCGACAAGAUUCAAACCCAUAAAGGAGCAUUGGACCAUGAUAGCAUCAUUGGGAAACGGGUCUGGGACACUGUACAAUCUCGCAAAGGCCAUCCAACUCGGGUCAGCCUCCCAACGUUAGAAGAAUACGUCGCACUGACCCCUCGCUUGGUUACGCCGAUCUACCCACAGGAUGCCAAUCUGAUUGCUUCCCUCCUCGACAUCCACGUCAACACCCCUGCCACCGGCGAGACACAACCCCCAUUGGAAAUCCUGGAGUCCGGAACAGGCCAUGGAUCCCUGACGCUACAUCUGGCGCGCGCCAUCCACGCCGCCAACACCACUCCUCCGCCUCGUCCAGCACGAUCACAGAUUAAUUACAUUGAAGGCCGGAUCAGCAGACCGGGCGAAAAGGACUCGGAACAAACAGAAGAAAAGCGGGCCGAGCCAGUUGCGGAUCCUGCACAGGAGGAAUGGGAUGCGUGGCGCGCGCAGCGCAACGCCAUCAUUCACACCGUGGACGUUUCGCCAAAGUUCUCUGCAUUGGCUGAGAGGAAUGUCCGUGGGUUCCGCCGCGGAAUCUACUCAGGGAACGUCGAUUUCUACGUGGGUCCUGUCGAGACCUGGGUUGCACAACAGAAGGAGCUGCGAAAGAAGACUGGCCUAGCCUCGCUAGCUAGAGGAAGUACUGUCGAGCCGUUCCUUUCACAUGUUAUUUUGGACAUGCCGUCUUCAAACUUGAGGGUUCCGCACGUUACCCCGAUUUUGAAGCGUGAUGGUCUUCUGGUGGUGUUCAUGCCCAGUAUCACGCAGAUCGGCGAGUGUCUGCAGCUGAUUCGGGACCAGCGACUCCCCCUUGUUCAAGAGAAGGUUAUUGAGCUUGGGUCUGGAAUCAGUGGCGGCCGCUUGUGGGAUGUGCGCUUUGCGACUAAGAAGUCCGGCGCUGACCCGGCGUCUUGGGUUGCUCCUUCAGAUGCAGAAGGUGCUACUCCAGCUGAGGUUGACGAGCAGUCCGGCGCCUCUGAUACCUCCUCUGAGGUAUCUGCUACAGAAGAGCCCCUUAAAGGAGGCGAGUCUGUCUUGGUUUGUCGGCCUAAGGUCGGAGUGCGUAUCCAGGGCGGCGGCUUCGUGGCGGUCUGGCGGCGUAUCGAAGACCGUUAA